AUGGAAGCCAUGGAGAACAGACUCUGUGAAGCAGCAAUCACAGGGAACGUGGAGUCGCUGCACGAAAUACUUCAAGAUGACAAGCUAAUUCUAGAUAAAUUUGUAGUGCGAUGCUUUGGCUGGACUCCCCUGCAUGUGGCUGUAUCUCUCGGGCAUGCGGAUUUCAUGAUAGAACUGCUACAUCUCCAGCCCAAACUGGCUCAAGUCUUGGACUCCGCAGGUCAGUCACCACUUCAUUUAGCAGCGGCCGCUCAAGUCUCGGACCCUGCAAGUCAGUCGCAACUUCACUUAGUAGAGGCUCCUCAAGUCUUGGACUCUGCAGGUCAGUCGCCGAUAGCAGCGGCUGCUCAAGUCUCAGACUCCGCAAGUCAGUCACCGAUAGCAACGGCUGCACAAGUCUCAGACUCUGGAAGUCGGUCGUCGGUAGCAACUGCUACUCAAGUCUCAGACUCUGUAGAUCAGUCAGCACUUCACUUAGCAGCGGCCAUUGCCACCCUGAUAUUGUGA